AUGGAACUGGAAUCAGACGGAUUUGGACAGGAAGAUCCUGAUAACUCAACGGGUGAAGACAGAUCUCGGUUGGUGGAAGCUCAGAAGAAACCCCCUUCAGAGAAUAGUACCCCUUAUACCCCAGGUCAUUCAGAAGAUCCAAAGAGAGACUGCUACAAUAAUCCUGGUAACCCAUCUAUGGGCCAAGAGAAGAUGGUUUCCUAUUUUAAAACAACUAGCACUGGAGGAUCCAUGGGAGAUUCCUUUCCAGAGGGAUAUGCUUAUCCAGAGCCCUCUAAUUCAUCUAGAUCCCCAGAUAUUCAGGUUAGCUGUAUGGAUCCUAAGAGUGAAACAUUGAGAAGAAGGGGCCUUUAUGAAAAAGUGAUCCUCACACUCAAGGAUUUGCAACAAUCAACAACAAUGAAUGGUGAGAAUUAUACUACAAUAAAAGAAUUUUAUCUUGUUGGAUUCCAUGUCAAACAGAAUCUACAACUAUUUCUCUUUUUCCUCUUCCUCAUGACUUAUAUAUCAACAAUCACUGGGAACACAAUCAUCAUUACUAUAAUAUGGCAACGCUCCAAACUGCACAGUCCAAUGUACUUAUUGCUUGGAAAUUUUGCUUUUAUGGAAAUUGGUUACACAUCAGUCACUAUGCCCAAAAUGCUGAGAGAUUUAGUGUCUGAUGAUACAAGAAUUCCUGUUUCUGCCUGUAUUGCUCAGCUAUAUUUCUUUUUUGUCUUGGGGGGUAUAGAAAAUUACUUUCUGGCAGUAAUGGCUUAUGAUCGAUAUCUGGCUAUUUGUAACCCUCUGAGAUAUACAACAAUAAUGAAUAACAGAUUUUGUCUUCAGUUAGCAGUGAUGUGUUGGCUUUCCAGCUUCACAAGUUCAAUAAUUCCUAUAUAUUUUUUAAGUAAAUUGUCCUUCUGUGGAAGAAAUAAGAUUGAUAACUUUUUCUGUGAUGCAUCCCCAAUUUUUAAUCUCUCUUGCACAGACACUUCACUUCUAAAAAACUACUUUUUCAUUCUUGUGUGGUUAGUUGUGUUCAGUUGUUUGUUCUUUAUUAUUUUAUCAUACAUUCAUAUAAUUUUAGUUAUUUUAAAGAUACCCACUAAUAGUGGUCGUAAAAAGGUGUUUUCUACAUGUGGAUCUCACUUCACUGUGGUCAUUAUGUAUUAUGGCUCGGUUAUAGCAAUGUACGUAAGGCCAGAUCAUGGAUACACUUUUGUAUUUGACAAAUGUCUUUCAGUAUUCUAUGCAAUCGUAACUCCAUUUUUAAAUCCCAUAAUUUAUAGCUUGAAGAACAAAAAUAUUAGAGAAGCUAUAAAAUCAUACAAAUUGGAUUAUUUUCUUGUGUGGUGCACAGGAUAG